GUCAGAUCUAUCUAUAUGUAUAUUAAUCAUACUAUACAGUAUACAUUAAGAAGUGAUUCAGUCGUGAUUUAUGACCAAAUAAUUCAUCAUUAAUAAUACUAAUUAAAACCCAGUCUCUCUUCUCUUAUCUCUCUCUAAAAACACAGACACACAAAAUGAAACUUGCAUUCUGUACAGUAGCUCCAGUGAAGUUAGUGUUAUUUCUCGUAAUUUCCAUUAAUUUCAAUAACAGUCCAGUUUCUGCUAAUUUCUUCCCAAACAUUACAUCAAUCCCACAUUCAUUAAUCCCAAACACUACAAUUUGGGAAUCUUUCCACAAUCUCACCGGCUGCCAUAAAGGCGUCAAAUCUCAAGGAUUGCCCAAACUCAAGAAAUACUUCCAGUUUUUCGGCUACCUCAACAACUCUUACACCAAUUUCUCCGACGAUUUCGACGAAUACCUCGAAUCCGCUGUCAAAAGCUACCAGCUCAACUUCAACCUCAACGUCACCGGCCAACUCGACGCGCCAACGCUGAACCACAUCGUGUUGCCGCGAUGCGGCAACGCCGACAUUGUCAACGGCACCUCCAUUAUGCGUUCAGGCAAAUCGCCGAACACCUACAGUGCAAACUCCACGAUCCACACCGUCGCGCACUACUCCUUCUUCCCCGACCGGCCGCGGUGGCCGCCGGGCACGACUCAGCUGACCUACGCGUUCCUGCCGGAGAACCAGCUCUCCGACGCCGUGAAGGGCGUGUUCUCCCGCGCGUUCGAGCGGUGGUCGGAGGUGACGGCGUUUACGUUCGUCGAGACGGCGUCGUUCUACGAUGCGGAUCUGAAGAUCGCGUUCUUCGGCGGCGACCACGGCGACGGCGAGCCGUUCGACGGCGUGAUGGGGACGCUGGCGCACGCGUUUGCGCCGCCGGCUGGGAGGUUCCACCUGGACGGCGACGAGAACUGGGUGAUCGACGGCAACUUUCUCGGUGCGGCGGCGUCGGUGGCGGCGGUGGAUCUGGAGUCGGUUGCGGUUCAUGAAAUCGGGCAUUUACUCGGGUUGGGUCAUAGUUCGGUUGAGGAGGCGAUUAUGUACCCGACUAUUUCUUCAAGUACCCGGAAAGUUGAGCUGGCGAAUGAUGAUAUUAUGGGUAUCCAAGAACUUUACGGGUCGAACCAGAAUUAUAACGGGUCGGGUCAGACUUUGACUCCGAUUGGUGAGAGGGAUACGAGUGGGGCUCCUCGAUUGGACAACUUGUGGGGAUCCGGAAUCGUGUUGGUUCUCGGAUUAUUAUUUUUUGGGUAAAUUACAAAAACCCCCCUGAGGUAUGGUUAAAUUACAAAAAGCCCUCUCUUGUU